AUAUAAACGUAAGUGAAAGAAAAUGAAACUCUUCAAGACUGCUCUCAUUUUGGCAAUCAGUUCCUUUUGCCUUUUGGGCGAAUUGGAAGCCCACGGCAUGAUGUUGAGCCCUGUGAGCCGAUCCUCGCGAUGGCGUUACGAUUCUUCAGCUCCCACAAAUUAUGACGAUAGUGGAGUUUACUGUGGCGGAUUCUGGAAACAAACCGAAAACGAUGGUCAAUGUGGUCUGUGUGGUGAUGAUUGGAGUCUGGAGCAGCCGCGUCCCAAUGAGUUGGGUGGAAAAUAUGGCAGUGGAGUGAUUGUACAGACCUUCACUGGCACCACCAAUGCUGAAAUUAAUGUAAAAAUCACUGCCAACCAUCUCGGUUACUUCAGCUUCCACCUCUGCAAUAUAGACGAACAGGGAAGCGAAUCGGAAGAAUGUUUCAAUCAGUAUCCCCUGAAAUUCACCGAUGAUACCUUAAAGUACUACAUUAACUCCACAACUGGAGAUAUUCCGGUAACCGUUCAACUGCCCUCUAGUCUAAACUGCAUCCACUGUGUCCUGAGGUGGACCUACACGGCUGGUAACAACUGGGGCGUUUGUGAGGAUGGAACGGGAGCUAUGGGCUGCGGAGCUCAGGAAACUUUUAAGAACUGUGCGGAUAUUAGUGUACUUUCCUCAGCCAGAAGUAUUUUCCACGAACUGCCUGUAGAGGUGCAGGAUGUAGUUUAGAAAGACUGGUAAUUUUUUUAGUCCUAAAGCUAUGUUAAUCUCAAUAAAUUAUAUUUAUUAUAAAAAAAAUUAGUUUUAUUUCUGGUGCUGACCUUUUCAUAUGGUCUGUUUGGGGGAAAAUUACUCAUACGCCCCGUGUUCCGAAUUUCACUUCCAUUGUCAAGCUAGUUAAUUAUGUUAACAUGCAUUUUAAAAAUAUUUUGUUUUAUGAUAAAAUCGAAAUUUAAAUUAGAUGUUAAAUGUUAAAUUUAAAAAAAGAUAAAAUCAAUCCCAAGUACUCAGACAACAGUGCGUAUGAGUGAUAUGAGUGAACUCCAAAACCAUUUUCCCAUACCAAAAAACCAAUGUACAAAACUUUUCGUUUUAUGAAUGUAUAUUUUUCAUUUAUUCAAUAAAUUUAUCAUCAUAUAUAUAUUUUUAUUUAUACAUAUAUUUAUGUAUGGGUUUUAUCCAAGUGGUUUUGUGUAUGGGUGUCGAUUGUUGCUGUCAUGGGCUGACCGCCAUGACAAAUUAAAUUCUUUGCUUCCAUAGCCCCUAUCUCAGACACUUUCUUUAGAUGAGUAAUUACUAUAAUCUUUGUUAACACUAUCCUGUAUAUGGUUUUGUAUUUGUAUAUUGUAUUGUAAUAUUCAUAAUUUGUCGUAAGUGUUUUGUGGCUUACAAAAUAUGUUUCACAAUAACUGGCUUAUUAGUUAACUUCUUUGUUAAUAUUUUACAAAGCCUUGAAUUUAAUUGCAAAUAAUAUAUUGGGAAAUUUCACUACAAACCGAAGAUUCGCUUUAUAUAUUUAGAAUUGUGCAAUCAAUCAUUAAGACUUAAGAAUAAUUUUUUUUGGGUUCCGUUUAACUUUUAACAAUUAACUAAACAAACCGCAAACAACAUUUUGUAACCUCGAUUGCCACUAGAGAUGUCAUCAAUCAGAUUUAUGUAGAUAUAUAUAUUUUUAGCUCUAAUUUUUGAGGGGGUUCUCAGCUACGAUAAAAUGCCCUCCUCGAUUAAAAACUAUAAAAAACACACGCUCCCUUAUCAUCAAAAUGUGCGAAUCGCUCACAACUGAAUUACGAGAGUUUUGUACCCUUUUUCUUUCAUUGGGUUUCGUUUCUAAAUCUCCUCCUAUUCAUUUUAAAAGCAUUUUAAAAUACAGUAAUGCCUUUCGACAAAAAUAGAUGUAUAUAUAUGUAUGUGGGAGGAGGAGGCCUUUUCGCUGAUUUUUUAGCUUCUCUACCAAAUAUUUUGUUAUAAAAGCACCUUAUAAAUGUAUACGUACUUGCAAAGUUUUUCAUCCUAUUCACUUGCCUCACUUGUAUAUAUAGCUAAAUAGUUCAUCUUUUAUUUUUAAUUUGUUCAAAAAUUGUUUUUAACAUUAUACAACUCUAUCUGUAUUUUUUGUUUUAUUUAAUACCUGAAUUUUAGAAUUUUGUAUCCGAAACGCCGUUUUUGUUUGUGUGAUUUCUGACUGAGAUUGUUUCCCAUUUUGUUAUCAUUCUUUUAAUUGCCAAAGGUUCUUUUUUUGUAUAGUAAUUCCUGUUAAUUUUCCGUUUUCUGUGUUUAAUUUUCAUAGUCCGAAAGGAUUGUUGCCAAAAAUGUUUAUUUGGUGGAUGCACCAUCAAUUUAUUAUAAAUUUUAUAACUUUGUGCAUGGUGGUGAGGUGUUUUUUUUUAAAUAAAGAAAAGUUCAGUGUGCUCUUUUUGCCUACAAUGAAGUUCAGUAAUUUGUUGUAAUUUGCUUAUAAACUUGGUUUUAUUUUUGUUUUUAUUU